AUGGUCACAAAUAUAGCAGCAUCGUCGCAAGACAUAACAGACAAUAUGUCAACAAGUAUAACUGAGGAAAAUCAUGCAACGAUUGAUGCAUUCAAUGCCGCACGAGGUCAGGAUGAGUUUCUAAUUUGGGCAAUUCUCGAUGGAAUUCUACUCGUGUUGAUAUUAUGUGGAAAUAUAUUGACUAUCCUAGCCGUACGCUAUAGUCGUAGGCUUAGGAGUGUCAUUUCAAAUCAAUUUGUUUUAUCAUUAGCCAUUUCGGAUAUUCUAGUCGGUCUUACAUUGCCUUAUCAUCUUGCAUUCUUCCUCAGCACGGAACUAGGCGAAAGUAAACCUUUCUGUUUAUUACGAUUCUUUCUUGUGAUAAUGGCCUGUUGCGUUUCUAUAUGGAAUCUUAUUGCUAUCGCACUCGAUCGAUAUAUUGCGAUAUGCUAUCCAUUACACUAUAGCAGAUACAUGACACGUAAAAUUGCUUUAUGUUUAAUGGCCAGCGGAUGGGUGGUCGGCUUUGUUAUUGCUGCCAUUCCAUUAAUAUGGAAUAAGUGGGAUAAUAACCUCGAGUGUGAAUUCGAUCAAAUAUUUUAUCCAUGGUAUAUGGUUGGAGUUAUAACACCUGUCUUUUCAAUGGUAUGGUUCUGCAUGUUCUUCGUGUAUUGUAGAAUAUGGCGUGAAGCAUCCAAACAAGUUAAACAGCUACGAGUUACAGGACAACAAGAAGGAACAUCUGAUUGGAAAUCUGUUCAGAUGGUGCUAUUGAUCCUUGGCUGUUUCACAAUAUGUUGGCUACCGUAUUUCAUAGUCGCAUGUUUACAAAUUUAUGAUAUCACAAGGACUAGUUCAGUUGUUGCAUAUAUGGCUGCAUUUACCCUAGCUAUGUCAAAUUCAGCAAUGAAUCCGCUCAUUUAUGCAUGGAAAAAUUCAAAUUUUCGUCAUGCAUUUACAAAUUUAUUAAAAUGCAAAAGUCCCGAUACUCUCGAGCCAAGUCAAAGUAUGCGCUCAAAUCUGCACAGAAAAAGUUCAUCAGCACAACAUCAAGACACGCUAUCUGGUGCUUUUCCUAAUUACUCAACGCCACCAUUUAUGAAGAAAAUUGAACCCAUCACUGCAAUGGGAAUAACAUUUGAGGAAGAUGAGGAUAAAAUUUCAACAUACGAGUCGCCAUCGGUUACAAUAAUAGCACCAACAUCAAAUAUGACAUUUACAAAGCAAAAACAAUUAUCUACCACAAAUCCAGCGUCCGUAACAAUUAAAAUUGAAUCGGAUACGACAAAAAAUUCAAUUAUUAUUUCAACAACGACACUACCGCAACAAGAAUAUCCUCAACUGGAUGAUAAUGUUGACUCAUGUACGUCGAUAGAUGGCAAUAAGAAUAUUUCAUUAGAACAGAAUCAUGUAAUUGAAAUUGACAAUGGUACGACAAUGAGAUCAACUACGGGAAAUUUAAUUGUAAAUAAACUGAUUGAGAACUAUGGAUAUGACACAAAAGAAUAUGAUGACUGUCAUGUUAAAAAAUUCAGUGAGAAUUUUCUUAAUGUCCAUGACAGUUCAUUAAGAAUGAAUGAAAGCUCAAAACGUAAAUCUAAAUCAGCCAAUAGUAUUUUAGUCACAAAGCAUCCAAAUAAGAGUAAUAGUCAUGGCUCGAUAUAUGAUAAUAGUCUUAUCAAAUACAACAAUAAUAAUAAUAAUAAUGAAAAUUUAAAGAGAUGUAAUGAAAUUAAUAAUAUUCAAUCAUCAAAUGGAAACAUAGGCAGCCCAAAUAUCAUCAACAGUAAUAAUAUUAUUAAUAAAAAUCAUAAUCUUCUUCCGACUUUUCAUUUUGGUAAGAAAUAUAUAUCGAAAAGUUUUAAUAGUGCUGUUGAGGGACUUGAUAAAUGUAAUAGCUCAGAGAAAAUUCACCGUAAAAGUUCAGAGCUUCAUUUUCCAGUAUAAAUUAGUCAUGCAGAAUUAACAUGAUUUACUCCUUACUUUCUCAGAGCAAGAGUUGUCAGUGUUUGAGUUUAUGAGCUCGAUACUUGAGCAUAUUUUUGAUACAUCAAAUUUCAAGCUUUGUGUUGAAUGAAGAAUGUCAU